GGCAGUUUGGACAUGGUGCGUGGGUUCCUAGACGCAGGCGUGGAUAUCCAUGGAGGCGACAAGCACAACUGCAACCCUUUGAUUAUUGCCGCUCGGUACUGUCACGAGGUUGUGGUCGACUUCAUCAUGGAACGCGGUGCCGAUCCGAACGACUGUCAAGGGCAGCAGAGAGGCUCGGCGUUGUGCUCGGCUGCCGCUGGUGGAAGUUUGGCCAUCAUGCGCAAGCUCAUUGACCGCGGCGCAAGGCCGACGGGCUGGGCGGGCACUAUGCUCAAACAUGCUGUGCUGUUGGAGCAUGAGGCCAUGUUGCAACUGCUUUGGGAACGGGGCCUUAUCGAGCCGAGUAAUAGGCCGAAUGCUUUGCGCGCCGCAUCAGACGAAGGCUUGGAGUCCAUGGUCAAGCUUCUGCACCAAUGCGGCGUGGGAAAUUCAUCUAAUUGAAAGUGGAUAUCAUGUUCGUUGCUGCAGUAGUAGAUCGUACAAGCAGACAGACUGGUCACGAGUGAUUCAGGCGUUUGAGAACUAGCAAAUAGUUUCUCUCCAAUUCUCUAUAUCCGUAACUACACAGAUGCAGCGUGAAUACCAUUGGGGUUCCAAGGUCG